UAACCACGCCCCCUCUCGUGACGUCAUCACGGUCCCAGGCUACCCGGUGCUCCGGGCCCCGCUGAGGGAAGAGCAGAAGUGCGGCAAAUCCCCUCGCAUCCGCGCGCUUCUCCGCCUCGUCCGCCCCCGAAACCCCGGCCGCGGCUCUCGCGAAGCGCUCCGCCGUGCAGCGCGAGCGUUCUUUUCGCGCGGCGUGCCCCAUCUCGCUCGCGGAGCGCGGAGACGGAGCGCCGGGUCGGGCGCCGCGGACUGCAGAGGCGCCACCAUGGCGGACGCAGAUUACGACAACGGUGGUGAAGAGUCUCUGUACGGGCACGAGGAGGGUGAGAGUCAGCCCGUGAUGGACGACUCGACGGAUGGCGCGACCGAUGGAGUGGACGACUCGACCGUAGAAGACCCCGAGCUGGAAGCGAUUAAAGCACGAGUCCGCGAGAUGGAGGAGGAGGCUGAGAAGCUGAAGGCUAUGCAGAAUGAAGUGGAGAAACAGAUGAACCUCAGCCCCCCUGCAGCGGGACCCAUGAUCAUGUCGUUUGAAGAGAAGAUGGAGGCAGAUGCACGGUCCAUCUAUGUGGGAAACGUGGAUUACCAUGCCACAGCAGAGGAGUUGGAGGCGCACUUCCACGGCUGUGGCUCCGUGAACCGCGUCACCAUCCUGUGCGACAAGUUCACCGGACACCCCAAAGGGUUUGCGUACAUUGAGUUCUCGGAGAAAGAGUCAAUUCGUACAGCCAUGGCGCUCGAUGAUUCUCUCUUCCGUGGCAGACAGAUAAAGGUCCUGCCCAAGCGCACCAACCGACCUGGCAUCAGCAGCACAGAUCGGGGCUUCCCGCGGUUCCGAGGCGGUCGGGGAGGACGUGCCGGGUUCGCGCCGCGGGGUGGCGGCAGCCGCUUCUACGGUGGCGGCGGUGGCGGGUAUAUUUCCCGCCCGCGAGGACGAGCUUUCAGGGGCCGGGGUAGAGCGAGCACAUGGUUUUCACCUUACUAAGAUGGAUUUAAAAACAAAAAAAACAAAAAAGCCAAACACAAAAAAAACAAAAAAGAAAAAAAAGGAAAAAAAGAGAAGAGAAAAGGAAGAAAAGAAAAAAAUACAAAGUGAAUUUUUCGUGGGGCAAUGUUGGGGUUUUUGUUACUAAUUAUUUAAAAAAAAACAAAAAAUUGUAAAGUUAACAAGAACAACAAUGUUAAGAUAAUGACAUGUACACCAUUUCGUGGAUUUUUUUCUAGUUUGUUGAAAGCGUUGUGCUGCACGCAGGCUGGUUGUGAGAUGAUUUGCCGUCUCUUACCUUGUCUUGAGUCUUCUCUCUUUGCAGGUGUCCUGAUGGAGAACACCAGAACUUUGCUGUUCUUGCUCUUCAGUGAAAGGGCCCUGUGUUAGCUAAAGCCCCGAGCUAGUUUCGAUCACACUCGCGCUAAAUUCCCCUUUUGAAGAUCGGUGGAAGACUCUUUAUUUGAUGGCACCAAUUAAUCGAUUGAUACGGGGGGGGGGGGGGGGGAAUCAUAAAUAAAAUUCCGGCAGCCGUUUGGUUUUUUGCGAUUAUUAUUUUAUCAUUGUUAUGUUAUUUUUCCAAAAUUGGGUGACGAAGAGAUCUUGCCGCGUUUCAGUCGGCAAGCAUUUUUUGGGCAGUUAUGCUGACGUGUUUUCUACGCUGUGACCACCUUUUUGAGUAUUGAAACUUGCGUAUUUAAAAGCUCAUGCAGCUACAGUUAUGAAAUCGAUUAAUUGUUGCGGAAACUGCUAGAGGUGAAAAUUAAUGUAUCGGAAGCAACCUCCACCCCGCCCCCAGUUUACAUUCAUUUCAGUCGCGAACCAUUUAAUUAUAGAUCACCCUUCAUUGUAUUUAUUUUCUGGCAUAAGCGCGCAAGACAGACUCAAGCAUAGUUUUUUUUGUUUUUGUAUUAUAAUUUUUUAUUCUUUUUUUAUCAUCGGGCCACAGGCAAGGCUAGGCCACGAGAUACGAAAAAGAAAGUGGAAUUCGUUGAGCUAGCGUGUGGAUUCUGAUGUAAUGUAAACUUGUAGUGACAGUUUCAUGGUUAGAGAUAGGAACCCACUUUUAUUGUAACUUCUGAGAAAAAAACACUUCAAUAAAGAGUUUAAAUGUGA